CCGCAUAAUAUUAUUCGAGUAAUCGUUUAUAAUUUAAAAAUGCAGCUGAAAUCGCGAUUUUUCUAUUCUUGAUUUUCGUCUUGUAUUAUUCUGAAGAAUUAAAAGACGGUGUUAUCAAAAAUAUUAAUAUUUUUACUAUACAUAAUUUCGCGAGGCAAAAGUGGCGCGAAGUGUGGCUGCAUGACAUUUAUGCGAAUAGAGAACACACUUUUGCAUUGAUUAACCUAUGAAUGUAUACAAAAUUGCAUUGUUUGAAAAAAAUCUAAUUCUUCAAGACUUAUUACUAAUUAAUUAUCGUUUUGAGAAAUUAGUGAUAAAUAAAAUAUAAAGGAACGCGCAAAUAAAUUAUUAAGACAGCGAAUGCUGAAUAAAAAUUCAUGGUGGACAUUGAAUAUUGUUAUCUAUUACGAUGUUGACGUAUGGUUGAAAGAAUGUGUACAUUAUUUACUCCUUUGUGCCAUGACAAUUAAUUUUUCGUAACAUGUCAGAACCAGCGGAGGUGUUACAAAUAAAUAAAUGUGUCUUAUCAAAAUUGUGGUACACUUCUCUUAUCCUUUACCAAGAAAUUAAUAGCGAUCAAUUUCUUUCCCAUCAAAGUGAUACUGAAUCGUUGAUCGAAAACUUAAUUUAUGCUAAAAGUAAAAGUCAACAAUGGAUUAUUCAAAUAUUGUUGCAAAAGUUUAUUGGCAAUGUCGCCUCAAACAUUAUAAAUGUAAGGAAUUAUCACAAUUAUAUGGAAAUGCUACAGGCUUUGCAUUUAUGUCAACAUUUGACGACGCACAUAGAGAAAUUGUUGAUGGUAUACGAAAUGAAUUCAAAGCUGACAACUGCGGAAGUACUUGAAAUGCUACACAAUGAAUGUUUUGCAUUUUUGAAACAAAAUGCUGACAGUAAUCCAAAUGUUGUAUGUUGGAUCAUUAAUGAAUUAUUAUCAUUAUAUUUUGAUAUAUCGCCCACUGUUGUUCAUAAUUUGGAAGAUUUUUAUGUGUCACUUGUAAGUGAAUUAUUAGAAAGAGAAUCAUCGAAACAACAAUUAACCGAUAAUCUUCUUGGUUGCACAUUAUGCAUUCUGUCGAAAGUGAAUAUAAUUGAAUCUAAUAGAAUUGAAUGGUUCAAAUUGUGUUUUCCUACAUUGUUGAAAGUAUGUAACAUCCAAGAUAUUGAACUUGCAUUAUAUUCAAGAGUAGAGAGGACACCUUUUAACGCAUGGCGUACCUUUUUCAAUGAAACAUGUGCACAUUCUAGAGUUAUUGAAAGUCUGGACGAUGCAUUAAAAAUUCAAGAAGUAUUAUUUGAUUGUACUUCUACCGAUGUACUAGUUGUAAAUAAAAAUAAUCUUAUAGAAAGAGUAGUUAAUACAAAACUACACUGGACAACAGACAUUUUGGAUAUUUGUUAUAUUUUAAUGACGAAUGGAAAGUACGACAAUGUCUCAUCAAUAUUAAACUCUAAAAUAUUCUAUAAUUUUUGGCCAGUUUUGUUAUUUAAAGUUUUAGAUGCUUCUACAAACGAAAAAAUUAUUUCAAGUGAAAAUCAAGAACAUCAUACAGUUAUAUGUGAAACAAUUAAAUACUUAAGAUUAAAAUGUGAUUUUGAUCGAUUUCAUGAUACCAGUUUACAAAAAUUUAAUAUGGCAUUAAAAAAAUGUAUUAAAGUUAUGGAAUACAUUAUUAAUCAGACAAAAGAUAUUUCCAACUUUAAUAAUGAUAAUCAAAUUCUAGAGUCAGUUAAACAGAGAAUUUCUGUAAAGCAGAUAUUAGAGCUUCUAUUGCAGUUUAAUUGUUUAUUAGUACUGAAGACUACAACAAAUAUUCAUGAGCAACAACACAAUGCAAUAAAAAACUUAUUGGAAGAUCUUUCCGAACCUAUGGAUACUUUACAUGCGUACUAUAGCAUGUUCAGUGCUCUGAAGGCACUUUUAUUAUGCGAUACUUAUGAUACAAAGCAAAAUGUCAUUACGUGCCAUUUCACAGACAUGACAUAUUACGUACAAAGUAUAUAUCCGCUUAAUAUACGGAUAGAUGUAAUAAAGAAUAUAUUUUCGUUAUUGUUUUUAAGACAUGAACACUUUGAUCAGCCGCAAAAGAAUUAUGAUACUGAUGACACAAGUAUCUUAUGUGAACAAACAAAAUUUGAGAAUAAGUUAUCGGAACAAAAUUCUACAGGGUUCUUUUGUAACAAAUAUGCCGUAAGAGAUAUGUUAUUCCAUUUGAAAGAAAUCAUGUUAGUCACAGAAAGGGAAUUCACAAAUGUAAAACAUGAAAAUGGCUGUACAAACGCAGAUCAAAUUCAAAAAGACAUCUCAUUUAUCAAUGCAGCAAUCGUGGACGCUGAGUGGAGAUUAGAACUUUAUACAAAUUCACAAUUUGUGGAGAACAUCAAUAUAUGUAAAGAUGUGAACAAACAUUCUUAUGCUAAACUUAAAGUUCAAUUAGAUGGAAAACUGAUUUCAAAUCGUUUUAAACAACAUGUAUUUUUUCAUCAAAAAGAUAGCACAUCUAACAGUAUAAAAAUUGGAUCUGAUAGUAGCUCAGAAUCAGAACCAAUACACAAUAGAUGGAGGAAACGAUCUAAAAAUACACUACAACCAAUGGAUGUUACAACAACCAAAGAUACAGCAUACAAACAAUUAUUUGUAAACUUUAUGCUAGCAACUAAAGGAAGCCUGGUUAUUCAAUGUUUAUGGAAAAACGAUUAUGACAAAGCAAAGGAAAUUAUAGAGGCAUCUAACUUGAAAAAUACUGAGCUGAAUGGAGAACUGCAAUUUUCAAAAGCACUGUGCAUAUUUAGAGAAAACAUUUGUAAACAAACAAAUACAUUACAAGAUAAAGAUGUAUCUAAACAGAACUUACAAUCUGCUACAUUAGAGAAUUUAAGACAAGUUGUACAGGAAGGAAUACUUUCUUCUAGACAAACUAGUCAACUUGAAACUUUUUUAGCAUCCCAAGAAAUUAAUUUGCGAAUGUUGAGCAUGGAUCUUCUUAGUAGCAACGAAAUAUUUGCAAUAUGUGUGUUAGAUCUUGCUUUAACUAUGAGUCAGACUUAUUCCAUCUCAAGCAAUCUUUGUGAUGUCGCAUUGAAAUAUUUGAAACUAUCUAAAACAUUCGACAAUACAGAAUACGAGCAUUUCUUUCUUAAGAUUUAUCAAUUGUUACACGAAAACAAAGAAGAGUUUACUGUAGAAAAUAUACUUUGUGAUGCAAAAGUUUUAUUAAGCACGAAGGAGUUCAAAGCGAAAGAAGACUUCUGGACUGAUAUAGCAAUUAAACAUCAAGAGUUUAAAGAAUCACAAACGAAUAAAGAUACAAUUAGUAAAGUCCUAAAGAAUAGUAAUUAUUUAUCAGGUUUAAAAAUUCUGGGCAAGAUAGUUGUCUCUCCCAGCGAUACUCGUAAAUAUGUACAAAUUAUUUAUUCUCAUUUAAAACUUUUACAUGCAAUUAUUCCGAAUGAUCAUCAGAUACUCACAGUUUCCGAUUUAUUAAGAAAUCCGCUGCAUUAUUACUUUGGUUAUCAAAUUUUUGAUCUUAAAAUUGAACUAGAUAAACUCGAAUCAAUUGCACAUAAUUUGCAAGUUAAUUUAGUAUACAGCAUUCUUAAAAAUGCUUGUCCUAUACAAUUGUGUGAAAAAAAUAUUAAAAAGCCUGUCAAGACUAAAGAAAAUGGAUAUAUUAUAUUGAAUAAGGAAUUAAGUGAAACGGAUUUAGAUCAUAAUACACAAGGUCCAAAUGAAUGCGUUUCAGAGAUACUAACAGAACUUUUGGAAAUCUUGCAAAGUAUGAAUGUGGACCAAUUUUCCUUGAAUGACAACGUUUGUGAAUCAAUUUUGAAGCAUCCAAAUAUUCGAAAUGUAUUGAGUAAAACAUCUCGUCUUGUGAGACUAGAUCUAAGUGAAUUAUCCAUGGGAGAUGAAACAUUGACGUUUCUUUUGAAUACAUGGAAUCUUAUGUUUCUUCAUGCUAGCUUAACUAUCUGGGCAUAUAAUCCUCCCUUCAAUAAUUUACAACAAGCAGUUUCAUUGAUGUCAAUUGGUUAUUUAAUCGGAGAUUUGGGUUUAGUAACACUUGCCGCACUCAGAUCAAAAUUACUUAACAACGUUAUGUUGAAUAAUAAAUUUUUCAUGGAACUUGAAGAACUUAACGAACCAAUAUGGCAAGAUCUAGACAUUACUCAUGAUCCAAAACUGAUUUUCAUAAUGAUCAGUGAAUUUUAUGGAACACCUUGUGUCCGAGUUUUUCAUCCAAGAAUGAUAAAUGAAAGUUUGAAGACAGCUCCCCAGGAAUAUCUCGAUUAUUAUUCAUCGAGAUUUGAAGAGACUGAACAAAAUAUGGAAAAGAAAACAACAAUCUUUCUGCCUGAUAUUGUAAAACAAUAUCAAAAUAUUAUUUCUAAUAAUAUGAAGAAUGAUACACACAAUAUUCACGAUAGCGAAAAUUUAUUAAUUGAUGAUUAUUUUAAGCAUUUAAAAAAAAAUGCAAUAAUUCAAUAUAUACCACCUUCGAAUUCGUACAAUGUAAUAUUAAACUACACAUAUUUAUCCUAUACACAUACUGAAAGAAAUGCUAAUCCGGAGAAGAACAUGCAGAAAGCUGACUCUUUACGAACAAGUUUGCUACAAUAUUUAGAGAGUUAUUGUUGGGUUAUAUCUUAUCUUGUACGAAGAAUAUAUAACGAGAAUCCGACUAUUUUGGAAAGCAACUGUGAUCAUUUAAAACGGACUGCUUGUCUUGAAAACUUGUUGAAUUCGUCUUGGGUCAAAGAUAUGAAAUCUCUUUUUGAAAAUAAUGAAGCUCUAGCAGCUAUUAUUGAAAUAGUACCGACACAAAAUUUGUGGUCGCAUUUUGAAACAACUUUAGAAGAAAAUGAAUGGCAGAAUUGCUUGAAACUUCUAAAUGCUUUGCCAGACAAUCUGAUCACAAGUACAGAAUUACAAUAUUUUAAAGAUAAAAUUCUCAGCUAUAUUGCCUCCAAAGAAGACACCAAAAUAUUGCAAUGCAUAUAUCAAAUUAAAGAUAUCUAUAUUUUAAGUCAAACAGUAUUACAUAAUAUCAAUAAAUGGAACGUGAAUGUUUGUGUAGAUGCUUUACUACAUUCGGUGCAUCAUGUGGACACUUACAAAUUGCCUGCACACUGUAAAUUGCAAUUAAAAGAAAUCUUACAUAGAAUACUUAUACUUCACAGAAUACUUCCAUAUUGUACAUCAAAGUCGGAUAGCACUUGUUACAAUAUUGCUUAUUGUACAGAUGAGAUCAAUUCAUUUCAAAUUAUUAAAUCAUUAAUAAGUGCAAAUAAAUUCGAAUUAUGUUUGGAAUGGUUAGAAAGCCAAGCAUUCUCUUUAGAAAUAGAUCUUUCUAUGGAGCAAGACUUUUUGAUAGGCCUCCUAAAAAGUGAAUCUCUAAACUUCAAACAAACAUCAAAGUUUCUUCAAGCUUUACCUUUGAAACAGUCGGUUAAAUUAUGCGAGACAAUAUUAAAGAAACUAGACUCUAUCGAGCCAAUGCAAUUUAUUUGCAAUUAUUUGUUAGAGCAUUGCAAAGCAACUGAGACCGUCAAAUAUAGAAAAACCUUAAUAGGGAUUGAAAUUUUACAUAUGUUAGAGACUCAGGAAAGAGCCUCGCAUAUUCAUCUUAUAAGUGAACCAUUAAUAAUGUUAGAACAAUUAUUAAUGAAUUGUAAAUUUGAAAGUGUUCAGAAAAUACUAAACAAAAUUACAAAUAAAUUGGCGCAAGUGGACAUUUCGAGGGACGAUUUCGAUAAGAUUAUAAGAUUUUAUGCUCAGAAAUCAUUGGAUUGUCGUGUUUCUUUGCAAUGUGAUUCUGUUGAUGGCAAAUUGAAACAGACACAGAAUUUAGAAAUGGAAAAUAACGAAUUCGUUAUGCCUAUUCUUGUUCCUACUAAAGAAGAAUGGAUACCUAAUGACAAAGCUAGAAAAUGCAGUUGUUGCAAGACUGUUAUAUUUUCCAUGUUCAACAGACGACAUCAUUGUCGUAGAUGCGGUCGUGUUAUUUGUGGUCAAUGUUCUCAGCAUCGAAUGCAAGUGUCUAGUUAUCCGCCUUCCGUAUUAGUACGUGUUUGUAAUGAUUGCAAACGACUGACAGUGCUACAAAUGCGAGCACAACAAGGGUCACCAUCUACUACUAGUAGCGAAACCUUUGAUUGUUGGAAAUUGACGACUGACAAGAAGCAUAAUGAAUCUAUUAAAGAAGAAUUUUCAUUUGAGUAUGCGCCGAACAUUUCUUUGUGUCUAGCCAUACUUAAUUUACAUUCUGAUCAUAAAACGUACACCAGUUUCUUGUUCGAUCGCUGUGACGAGAUGAAACAUCUUUUACAACCUGUUACCGGAGGAAAAGUAAAUCCAGAAGUAGAUCAUACUGUUAUCAUCAAAAUGAUACGUUCCCUCUUAGUUGCUGCUAAGGUUAAAUGUGCCAAACUUGGUCUCAAUAGCGGACUUAUACACUGUGAUCGUUUUCUGUCACAGGUAGAUCUCAUUGCCAGUUUAGUACAGUUCGACUGUCUGCAUUUCAUACCUUCGGACAAUUUGCAUGGGCAUGCCUUGAGAAAACUCAGAGAUCUACUAAUCGAAAAAGAACAAUGGGUCCUCGCAUUAGAUGUAAGUACCAAAGCAGGAUUGGACACUCAAGGCGUCUGGGCAACUUGGGGUAAAACAUGCUUAAAAGUAGGAUACUUCGAUGAGGCUAGAGAGAAGUUCGCCCACUGUCUUGAUAAAAUUCAACACGAAGAAUUCGACGAUUGGGUAAUCCUAUCAUAUUCAAAAGAUUCAAUGACUGAAAUCAGAAGAAGAGAUCAGGAGUCAAUAGCUGCAAAUAGAAUUGAUGAGGAUAUAGAAAUUACAAUGGACGAGUUAAACGUAAGAAAAACAGAAAUCUCCAAAAAUCGUCCGUUAAAAGAUCCGCCACUACUAACAGAGAUUCAACAAAUAUUGGACAAUUUGAGUACAUACAAGCAAUAUGUACAAUAUCCCCAUCAGUACAAAUCUAAUGCUCCGCAAGAAAUAUCAAUUGCCUUCGGAUAUCUUAAAGUGACAAAUCAAGGACAAACAACUCCCAAAAAUGCAUUUUCAGCCAUGCAACAGUUUUAUUACUACGAGAGUCUUUAUUAUCUCUUAAUGUAUGGAAGUCUGAAUUCAAUUUUGGAAUUCUUUUUAAAACACAAUCAAUUUCACGAAUGCUUAACGUUUACUUUAAAAAAUGACGUAGAACCCGAUUUAUUUUUCAAUGGAAUCUAUUUAUACUGUUUAAAGACCGGAGACACUGAAAAACUUCACGAAGCAAUGAAAAAUCAAGAUUCCAGCCUGCUAAUUUGGAAAAAAUAUUUAAUACACGUCUGUUACAGCUUAGAAAAGAAACAAUAUCUACAUAUUUUGUAUCAAUUGCAGCUGUUUAUGAAAGACUCUAUACGCGCCGCAAUGACAUGCAUCCGAUUUUACCGCAAUGAAGUAACUAACUAUUCAGAUUUAUGCGCUAAAGGGCACUUUUUGCUUGAGGCUCAGAAACACUUGGAGUCUGAGCUGCAAAUUGAAAGUUUAAACAGGAAAAGGAAAAAAAGUACAAGUUCCAUACACAGUAAUCAGGGGAUUUUAACAAUGGAAAUGCAACCUCCCGAGAUAGAUAAACAUAUAAAUACCAUCUCUAGACAAAUGGAAAUUGCAAAAUUUUUAGCAACCUGCGAGAAAGAGGGAAGAACGCCUGUUCAGUUUUUGAAUUUGUUUCCGAAUACAGAUUCUGACAAUGGUAUAGCUACUGAACUACCAACUCUAUUUGGCAAUCAGCAGCAGAAAAUAGACCUGGCUGUUCUAGCCAUUCUCUGUGGGCGCAACAUUGAAGAAGGAUUUGGGAUUGCAUUCAGAAUAAUGCAAGAUUACAAUCUACCACAACGGAAAGUGUAUUCUUUAGCUGGUCAUAUCUUGACACUGAAAUGCGAUAUUCCUGGAAUAGAGCAAUUGAUUAAAUGUUGUCAUACUUCUGGAGUAUCAAACUCAUACUUCAUUUCAGAUUAUGUUCUGACACACUGUGUAAAAUUAUUGUUGAACCGAGAGCAUGGUGAAAUGGAAUCAGCUGUUAAAAAUGAUGUUCAUAUCCUAAUCAGAUUGAUAACCGAUAUAGAACUCAAAAUAAAUGCAUAUAUUGAGUGCAAGCACUUGAAGACUGCAUAUUUAUUGGCUGUUAAUCAUUCAAGAGCUCAAGAUAUAAGAAAAAUUUUGAAAGAAUCUGAUAGACUUGGACAAACUACCGUUAAAGCGAUAUGCAUAAAAUGGCUUCAGCAAGAACCAAAAUCAUGACUCUAGACUAUUUCGUAAAAGUAAGUAAUAUAUACUUAUGUUCCUUUAUUAUAUUAGUCUUUGAAAAUUUAAAAAAAA